CCUCCACACACACACACCCACACACACACACACACACCCCCCUCAAACCAUUGGUCACAUACAUGAUGACCCCGCCUACACACUCCGACUCCUUUAUAAAGACAAGGCAAACCCACAGAGCUGAAGUUACACAGACUGGCCCUUUAAACACACUGCUCUCCUCUGUAGACACUUGCACUUUCUACUUUAUUCAUCAGGCCAGCUGACCCUGCGCAGGAGUUGUUCCUUUCCCUUUCUUUUCUUCCCCCCUGUUUCUCCCUUUAUCUUUGUAGUUGGAGCAAACAGAAGACACUUUGGGCACACUGUAACCUCUUCCCUCUCGGUCAUCAGAGGAACUUUUCAGUGGACUCUUCCUCUUCUUCUUCACCCUCAUGUCGCUCUCAGGGCCAAUGGAUCUGUCCGACCUUCCCUUCCCUCUCUCCUCCGCUGAUGACCUCUAUGAUGACCCCUGCUUCAGCACCAGCGACAUGAACUUCUUUGAUGACCUGGAUGCCCGGCUGAUGCAUGCCGGUCUGCUAAAGCCAGAGGACCAUCUUCAUCACCAUCAUCACCACCACGUCCCCAUCGCAGAGGAGGAGGACGAGCAUGUGAGGGCUCCCGGGGGCCUCCACCAGGCGGGGCACUGCCUGCUUUGGGCCUGCAAGGCCUGCAAAAGGAAGACAACCCACGCAGACCGGAGGAAAGCGGCAACGAUGCGGGAAAGGCGGCGGCUCAGUAAAGUCAACGAUGCCUUCGAGACCCUGAAGCGCUGCACGGCGUCCAGUCCAAACCAGAGGCUGCCUAAAGUGGAAAUCCUGCGCAACGCCAUCAGCUACAUUGAGUCCCUGCAGGCACUGCUGCGGACGGGCCGGGACGAAAGCUUCUACCCACCGCUGGAACAGUACAGCGGGGAUUCAGACGCCUCCAGCCCCCGCUCCACCUGCUCUGAUGGCAUGAUGGACUUCAUCUCUCCGUGUUCGAGCACAAGUGAAAACAGUGACGGCUCCUUCAGCAACCAGACAGCAUACGACUCCAGGAGCAGCAAACGGUCUCUCGUCUCCAGUCUCGACUGCUUGUCCAGCAUUGUAGAGCGGAUCAGCACAGAUCCAGCCGUGGCCCCCCCGGGCGACAGCGUGGUCCCCCAGGGCCCCGGAUCGCCUCAGAACAGCCCUGCUGGUUCCAGUCACGCUGCUGAAACCAACAGCAUCCAGGAGCCGCUCUGAAUGUGACAGAGCGAGGAACUCAUAUUCCAACAGAAAGACAAACUUACAAGACUUUUUUUCCCCCCUGAAGUUUGAGUCCAGUUCCUUCAGACUGGAGCUGACAUUUUCCUCAUUGCCUUCUGCUUCAGAUACGAUAACUGAGGACCACUUUGUAUAUCUGUAAAUAAGAGCUGUUAGUUUAUGAUAUGUGUACACACACACACACACACACACACACACACACACACACACACAGAUGAGACGAUUGUUGUGUCAUACAUUUCUAUAUAUUAUUUAUGGGUGAAUUACAGUUUAAUAAAUAUUUA